AGAAGCUGCUGCUGCUGCAAAGCCGGCGAGGUCCCCGCGGAGAACAUGAGGUGCUCAGAGCGGGCAGAGAGUGGAGCCCGAGCACUUAGCUGCGCGCAGCUCUAAUCAAAGCCUCCGCGCUGGACAACAGGAGACAUGACUAUGGCCGGGGGCAGGAGGGGGCUGGUGGCGCCACAGAACACCUUCCUGGAGAACAUUGUGCGAAGAUCUAACGAUACUAAUUUUGUCUUGGGUAAUGCCCAGAUAGUGGAUUGGCCCAUUGUAUACAGCAAUGAUGGAUUUUGCAAGCUGUCAGGAUACCACAGAGCAGAAGUUAUGCAAAAAAGCAGCACCUGCAGUUUUAUGUAUGGGGAGCUGACAGACAAAGACACGAUUGAUAAGGUCCGGCAAACGUUUGAGAACUAUGAAAUGAACUCCUUUGAAAUCUUGAUGUACAAAAAGAACAGGACACCUGUCUGGUUCUUUGUGAAAAUUGCUCCAAUUCGAAAUGAGCAGGAUAAAGUGGUUUUAUUUCUUUGCACUUUCAGCGACAUAACAGCUUUCAAACAGCCCAUUGAGGAUGAUUCAUGUAAAGGCUGGGGGAAGUUUGCUCGCCUGACACGAGCCCUCACGAGCAGCCGGGGUGUCCUUCAGCAGCUUGCUCCAAGUGUGCAGAAAGGAGAGAACGUGCACAAGCAUUCUCGGCUUGCUGAGGUACUGCAGCUGGGCUCUGAAAUCCUUCCACAAUACAAACAAGAGGCACCAAAGACUCCUCCACAUAUCAUUCUACAUUAUUGUGUUUUCAAGACCACCUGGGACUGGAUCAUCCUGAUUUUAACCUUCUACACUGCUAUUUUGGUCCCAUACAAUGUCUCCUUUAAAACUAAACAGAACAAUGUGGCCUGGCUGGUGGUAGAUAGCAUUGUAGAUGUUAUAUUUUUAGUGGAUAUUGUACUUAAUUUCCAUACCACCUUCGUCGGGCCAGCUGGAGAGGUGAUCUCUGACCCAAAGCUGAUCCGCAUGAACUACCUGAAGACCUGGUUCGUGAUUGAUCUGCUUUCAUGCUUGCCGUAUGAUGUCAUCAAUGCCUUUGAGAAUGUUGAUGAGGGAAUCAGUAGCCUGUUCAGUUCACUGAAAGUAGUCCGACUUCUUCGGCUCGGUCGUGUGGCUCGCAAGUUGGAUCAUUACAUUGAGUAUGGAGCUGCAGUCUUGGUUCUGCUGGUGUGUGUGUUUGGUCUUGCAGCUCACUGGCUGGCCUGCAUUUGGUACAGCAUAGGAGAUUAUGAAGUUAUCAAUGAGGAUACAAACACAAUCCGAACUGAAAGUUGGCUUUACCAGCUGGGGGAGUCCAUAGGAACGCCUUAUCGGUUUAACACAACAGGUUCGGGGAAAUGGGAAGGGGGGCCAAGCAAGGAUUCUGUUUAUAUCUCCUCGUUGUACUUCACAAUGACUAGUCUCACCAGUGUUGGAUUUGGGAACAUUGCCCCCACUACAGAUGGAGAGAAGAUCUUUGCGGUUGCUAUGAUGAUGAUUGGCUCACUUCUGUAUGCAACCAUUUUUGGAAACGUAACAACCAUCUUCCAGCAAAUGUAUGCCAACACAAACCGGUACCAUGAAAUGCUGAACAGUGUCCGGGACUUCCUUAAACUCUACCAAGUGCCCAGAGGUCUGAGCGAGCGUGUGAUGGACUAUAUCGUUUCCACUUGGUCAAUGUCCAGGGGUAUAGAUACUGAAAAGGUUUUACAGAUCUGCCCUAAGGAUAUGCGAGCAGACAUCUGUGUGCAUCUAAACCGCAAAGUUUUCAAGGAGCACCCAGCGUUCAGACUGGCUAGUGAUGGAUGCCUUCGAGCCCUAGCCAUGGAAUUUCAAACUGUGCAUUGUGCCCCUGGGGAUCUGAUCUACCAUGCUGGCGAGAGUGUGGACAGCCUUUGCUUUGUGGUUUCAGGGUCUUUGGAAGUGAUCCAGGAUGAUGAAGUUGUUGCUAUUUUGGGCAAAGGAGAUGUGUUUGGCGAUGUGUUCUGGAAAGAAUCUACCCUUGCUCAGUCCUGUGCUAAUGUAAGGGCCUUGACUUACUGUGACCUUCAUGUGAUUAAAAGGGAAGCCUUACAGAAAGUGUUGGAGUUCUACACCGCCUUUUCUCACUCCUUCUCCAGAAACCUCAUCUUAACCUACAACUUGAGAAAACGGAUUGUGUUCCGCAAGAUCAGUGAUGUCAAACGUGAAGAAGAAGAGAGGAUGAAAAGAAAGAAUGAAGCACCUUUGAUUCUACCACCAGACCACCCGGUCCGUCGGCUCUUUCAAAGAUUCAGGCAACAGAAAGAAGCUCGACUAGCAGCAGAAAGGGGGAGGGAUCCAGAUGACCUGGAUGUGGAGAAGGGCAACAUUUUGGCAGAGCACUCUCGCACUAUUGUGAAAGCUAGCAUUGUAACGGUAAGGGAGAGCCCUGCAACUCCUGUUUCAUACCAGUCUGCUUCAACGUCCGGUGUGUCCGAUCAUGCCAAAUUGCAGGCUCCUAUGUCAGACUAUGCAGGGUGCAAAGUGUCUGGUGACUACCCAAGACGCAAAGGCUGGGCCAAAUUCAAAGAUGCUUGUGGAAAGGGGGAAGACUGGAACAAAGUAUCCAAAGCAGAGUCCAUGGAGACUUUACCAGAAAGAACUAAAACUUCAGGAGAAACUACGCUGAAGAAGACAGACUCUUGUGACAGUGGUAUUACAAAAAGUGACUUGCGUUUGGAUAAUGUUGGGGAGACAAGGAGCCCUCAGGACCGCAGUCCUGUCCUUACGGAAAUCAAACAUUCUUUUUACCCUAUCCCAGAACAGACUCUUCAGGCAACCAUGCUGGAAGUAAAACAUGAGCUAAAAGAGGACAUCAAGGCUUUAAACACAAAAAUGAGCAGUUUAGAAAACCAGCUUGCUGAGAUACUAAGGAUAUUAACCUCAAGAAGAAGCUCUCGGUCACAACAGGAGUUUUAUGAAAUAUCAAGGCCCCAGUCUCCAGAAUCAGAAAAGGACAUUUUUGGAGCAAGCUGAGAUGUUUCUUUUUAAACCAUCAAAACACUAUAAACACCCCUCCUCCACUUUAAAUUUAGCCUUUCUUGAUGAAAACCAGUGAGGGACCAGUUCACUAAGCAUGUUCCCUGUCUCUAAAAAGGUACAGUAACAGGAAUUGCAACCUCAUGUCAAGAUGGCAGCUGACACCGAAGUCUUUUUGACAGCAAGGGUACAGUUUAUACAGGUUUUUUUUAAAUGUCCUUCAUUGGUGCAUCUUUUUUUCUCCCCCCAUAAUAUCUGGAUAAUCAUUUUUAAAACAGCAACCAUUCUUGCAAGCAUUAGGUGGCACAUAAGGGUGUUUGGAGCAUGCCUUAGGAAACCAUAUUAGUUCUUAUAUAGAUAAAUAAGGACUUGCCAGGGUGCUUAAAUUCUCUACCCUUUUUUUUUUUUUUUGCUGAUAUAAUCUUGAUACAUGUUAAAUGUCACACUAUAUUUUCAUACUACAAUGAUAAUGUGAUGAUAUGUGGGUGGUUUAUAUGCUUUCUUUUUAAAAGAAAUAUGCACUAUUUAAUUUCCAAAGGAAUCUGUGGGUGGGAUUAUGUAUCAUCACUUUAAAAAACCCUGAAAACUUCCUACAUUUUAUUUAAAAAUCUAACACAUGAUGAAGUAACUGCAAUUGGCAAAAUCUUCAGAAAUCCACUGUACUGAAGAUGCAGUCUUCCACAUCCCCAACAGCAGGGAUACUGGAGUCUCAAAAAUAUAACCAUUUAUGGCAAUGUCCCUGUAUAUUGUUAGUUUUGCUCUCCCAAUACCUAAGAUUUUUUUAUAUAUAUAAACUCCAGAGGACAAAGAACUGUGCAUGAAGUAUGCUUGAACAAUGGCACUUCUUAGAAUAUGAAGCAUUGCAAUGUAUUAGUGUCAUUGCCCAUUCAUCCGGAUGCCAAUCCAUUAUGAAAAUAUACUGUGGUGUUCAUUGAGUUUUCUAGUUAGAACUAUCCUUCAGAAGUUCCUAUUUUAAUACUGUUUUUUGUUGAUAGUCAAAGGCUGUCAAGGUUUUUUAAGAAUUUAGAUUGUUGCAAUUCUUUUUCUUCUCUCAACAUCUGAAGUUAUUGUUCUUAUGCUAACCUAGCAAGGACAUCAAUGGAAAUGGUAAACAAAAGGACUAUGCUUGGCAUAUGCAAGUGCCAAGGGAUGCCCCCAACCAAAAAAAGAAUUUGCUCCUUAAAGAAGGACUAUUUCCAAACCAUACACUUUCGUAAUGCUAGUGGGUGCGGAUAUAAGCACUUUACCAAAGUUAGUAUAAUGUCAUUUAUUAAUAAUCAGAUGAGGUAGUUUAGCCGGCAUCUUGGCUUUGAUAUAUAAAGUUACAGUAAAUACUCUAACGAUAUUUAACUAUGCUUUUAAGGAUCUGAUGUGUGAUAUAACAUUUUCUGGUCUUUCUGCCUGAUAGACAAGGGGUAGUGGCUUUUGAUCACUUACCUUUUGACAAUACAAACUUACUUCCAAAGGAGAUGUGGUUUUUUUAGUUUGUUUCUCAAUAGAUAAAGGGGUUGCACAGGAAAACAACUCAUUUGAAAGGGUUUCUUAUGACACUCUGUCCGUAAAUAUUGCUGUUAAUUGCAGUGUUUUAGAGAAGCAGUGGUGUGGGAACAAUUCUGUGGAUUAGUAGAGAAUGAAAACAAUCAGUAACUCUCACAUAGAAGCACAGGUGUCAUUUUGCUUACUUCAUUUAGGACUGCACAGUUAGCUUUCUCUAGUGCAACUUGAUGUCUGGCCUGUACCAAAGAGAUACAGUGUUAAGUAAAGCUUUAUUUGAACAAAGAAACUCACUGGAUUUUUGAGGACCUAUUGUUAACUGUUGCGCUAUAGCUAAUUUACAAGUAAUAACUGUACUGUGAUUAUCAGAAUAAAUCCAAACACAUGCAUACUUUUCAAUUCAAUGCCACUGAAUUUUCAGAUACUCCAAAAUCAAAUAACAAUGACAUCAUGUGAUAUUUAAGUCAUAUUAAUGUUUAGAGCCUAAAUCACACUCUUUAAGAGAAUGAAUCAUUAAUUUAUAUUGGGAUUGAGGAUCCUGAAAGCCCCAACAAAUUCACUGGCCCCAGGAAAGAGUCAAACUUCUAAAUCCAUUCCAACUGAGAUUAGUUCAUCUUCCAAUCACUAUUUUUUCUGGGUAAAAAUUUCAAAAAUGCCUAAUUCCCGCUGGAAAACAAAGGAACUUUG